AUGGAAAUAACUAUUAGUUUAUUUGCAGGCCCCGGGCCGGCGGCGGUGAGGCUGCCGUCGACUGUGGGCUACGAGGGCCAUGACCCCACCAAGUACCGCGCGCCCAACUACACGAUGCGACCCAAGCCGCCCUUGGUGGAUCGGCGAGUGAGGCCCGCGCCCAACCGCUACACCAUCGAGAAGUACUACACGCGCUUCGGCAAGGAUGGCACGCCCCAGUACACGGCCCGCUGGCCGCUCGAGCCGCUCUCGAUGCCGAAGAGCCCGGGCCCAAUGGCGUACCGCGUGGAGGACGUCCCAGUGCUGAAGACAAACCGCGCGCCGCACUACAGCCUCAACGACCGCCACAAGCAGCGCAGCUUGACGCGGCCGCCGGCGCCCAAUGCCUACACACUGCCGGUAGUCAUCGGCGAGAAGGUCAUCUACAAGCCCAACGCCCCCUCCUAUUCCCUGUCGGGGUACCCACGCUUCUGGAUCUACCGGCCAUGGCCGGGCCCGGCCGACUACACCGUGGGCGAAGUCAACCUAAUCAGGCCAAAGGCGCCCGCCUACACGAUGCCGGACAAGGUGUACCCGCCCCCUGGCGGGCCUGAAACCCCCGGUCCGGCCAAGUAUCUGCCGCCGCCCAUACGCUGCUGCCAAACCAACGACUUCGGCAUCUCUUUCGGAAUCAAGCACUCACCCUACCUCACGCCGCUCAUCCUGCCCUGCGACAACUAG